GAAACACCAGUAAACUGUGAACGUUUUUUGAGAGCUGAUGGCCUACAUCUGUUCCACAUGUGCUUUGAUGCGUUCCGUAAUGAACGAGAGUUGGUUCGCAAUAUGAUGGGUUUGAUAGGAAAUAUUGCUGAGGUUGACGGUCUGCGCUCUCAGCUGAUGAACGACGAUUAUGUUAAAAUUUUCUCGGCUCUUUUGGAGCUUGUGGAGGACUCUAUCGAAAUAAGCUACAACAGUGCUGGAGUCCUCGCUCACAUGGUUAGCGACGGAGAAGAGGCGUGGAGCUGUCUAACAGUACGACGGGAACAAGUUAUGGCUAGCAUUGUUAAGGCAACCGAGUCGUGGAGGUUGGAGACGAAGCGUUUUAUCAACUAUCGCUCAUUCCGACCAAUUCUUCGUCUUUUGCCUUUAUGGCAUGCCUACGCCAGUCAGCAUUGGGCUGUUUGGGCGUUGGCCAAUUUAACGACCACUGACGGAGCCAAGUGA